CAUAAGUAACAGGGGAGCAUAACAUCCGAUUGCUCGUGAAAGAGUCUUCCAGCGGCCACGGCAUUUUUACUUGUCAUUAUCCGGUUCGGUGGGAAAGGUGGUUGGGGAAGUGGGCGGAUAUACUGCGUGUGCUUCUGUGUUGGACGCCAGGUCUCUCUCUCACAUUGGUUAGAGAGAGUCCCGGUGCCCUGCUUGGUUCGGAAAGAACUGUCCGGUGAGCGCCGUGCAGUUAGAUUUAUAGCAGCAUGGCUCGGAGUGUGUUUGCUGCCUUAGUCAGCUGUGAGAGCUCCCUGCUGGGGCCACUCCUGUCUGAUGGAAAAGCAGCAGCUGGGAAGGUGCUGUUUCAGGCUCUUGCUGUUUAAAAAAAAAAAAAAAAAUUGAGAGCGAGAGGGGGGAAAACUCCACUAAGUCCACAAGCUGGCAUUGGAGGGGGAGACCGCAGUCAUGUGGUUCUGGCCAUCCUACCCUCUGUCACAGUGUGGAUGAGAGCUUUUUGCUCUUAUCCAAUCAUGCCUGGAAUGCCGCUUGCCACUUGGGUUAUUUCUGCUAUCUGUCGCUCUUGGUGCCGCAGUACUAACGGUUUGGCAGAUGGGACACUUUUUCUUGGAGUUUGUGUCUUUGGUUUUUGACUUCUGGCAGCACCAGGCUUCUUGUUGACGCUCGUCCUCUCCCUCCCUGGCCCUCUGGGCACCAUGGCCCAUCGGCUUCGGUUUCAUUUUGGCUCAGGUCGCAGCAACACAGCCCCCGAAUCAGAGAUCCUAGACCAGGAGAGAGAAGACGACUUUUUCAUGGCAUUCCACACGCUCCCGCGGCGGAGCGGCCCUCACCCCUUCACCCCGAAUGGAGCAGAGGACGGCGGAGGCGGCCUGCAGGGAGGCGUGGGCGCGCUCAAGCGCAGCACGUCCAUGUUCAUCCCGCAGCUCCUGAGCCCCUUCGACGCGCGGCCCACCCGGAGCUCGUCCGUGCAGAUCUCGCUGCAGCGGAAGGCGGCCGACGGGGCCCCUGACGGGUGCGGGCCGCCCGAGGGCCUGGACGGCGACGCGGGCUCGGCACCUUGGGGCGGCUGUCCGGAGCCCCCGGAGCCCGAGAGUCCCGAGAGCUCCCCUCCCAGAGCGGCGAGGGCUCCGGGCCCACAGGUCAACGGUAUGUGUGGCCGCCAAGUGCCGGGCCCUGUAGCCCCCGACGGCCUCGAGGAGGCCGAGCCCUCGUUCGUCGGGGGCCGGGAGGGCGGCGGCGGGCUCCGCAUCCAGCACCGCGCCUCCAGCGCAGACGUGCGACAGGUGAGGCUGACGCCCUUCGGGGCCGACGGCCAGAGCGGCCCAUCGGCGCCGGAGCCCAGGCGCUGGUCCCUGCAGCAUGUUCCAGAUGCUUCUGGAAGUUCCGGGAAGCGGUGCUUUGUCUUCCAGUUGCAGCAGCCGCAAGCAGGCGCGCCAGGGCUGGCCGGUGACUUCAACUUCGGGUUCACUGGCACCAAAGGGGACAGGUUGGUGAGGUAUCCCCGCAUUCGGCUGGAGAGGAGCACUUCGUACCCCACGCAGCCCCGGGCCGAGCGGGGCAGCCCCACGGAAGAGCGCGGCCACCCGGGCCACCCGCAGACGCCACCUCGGGGCCGCAGGGUGGCUCCCGAAAUCCACAGGACCAACUCCGUGGAAAGGACGCCACAGGGUCAGGGCUGCACCUUUAAGAUCAGGCAAGAUCAAAAUGCGGGGCAGCAGCAUUUCAGAAUUCUUGUGACUCGGGGGCCAGAGGAAGCUCCUCCGAGUCCCGAGGAGAAUAACGCCGCCAGCCCUGGUUCCACGGGAGCCUGCGCCUCGACACGAGACGACUUCCUGGGACAGGUGGACAUACCCCUUAGUCAUCUCCCGACAGAAGAUCCAACGAUGGAGCGACCCUAUACAUUUAAGGAUUUUCUCCUCAGACCAAGAAGUCAUAAAUCUCGAGUUAAGGGAUUUUUGCGAUUGAAAAUGGCCUAUAUGCCCAAAAACGGAGGUCAAGAUGAAGAAAACAGUGAGCCGAGGGAUGAGAUGGAGCCCGGCUGGGAAGUCGUUGACUCGAAUGACUCGGCGUCUCAGCACCAAGAGGAGCUUCCCCCGCCUCCCCUGCCCCCCGGGUGGGAAGAAAAGGUGGACAACUUGGGUCGCACUUACUAUGUCAACCACAACAACCGGACCACCCAGUGGCACCGACCCAGCCUAAUGGAUGUGUCCUCCGAGUCCGACAGCAACAUCCGGCAGAUCAACCAGGAGGCAGCGCACCGGCGCUUCCGCUCGCGCAGACACAUCAGCGAGGAUCUGGAGCUGGAGCCCAGCGAGGGCGGAGACGGCCCUGAGCCUUGGGAGACCAUUUCGGAAGAAGUGAGCAUCAGUGGAGACUCCCUCAGCCUGGUGCUGCCUCCGCCACCAGCCUCGCCUGUGUCUCGGACCAGCCCCCAGGAGCUGUCUGAGGAACUGAACAGACGGCUUCAGAUCACUCCGGACUCCAAUGGGGAGCAGUUUGGUUCUUUGAUUCAGAGAGAGCCUUCCUCGAGGCUGAGGUCCUGCAGUGUCACCGACGCGGUCGCAGAGCAGGCCCAUCUACCACCGCCCAGUGCCCCAGCUGGGAGAGCACGUUCAUCAACUGUCACGGGUGGUGAGGCGCCAACGCCAUCAGUGGCCUAUGUACAUACCACGCCGGGCCUACCUUCAGGCUGGGAAGAGAGAAAAGAUGCGAAGGGACGCACAUACUAUGUCAAUCAUAACAAUCGAACCACAACUUGGACUCGACCUAUCAUGCAGCUUGCAGAAGACGGUGCAUCCGGAUCCGCCACAAACAGUAACAACCAUCUAAUCGAGCCUCAGAUCCGCCGGCCUCGUAGCCUCAGUUCGCCAACAGUAACUUUAUCUGCCCCACUGGAGGGUGCCAAGGAUUCACCCAUACGUCGGGCUGUGAAAGAUACCCUUUCCAAUCCACAGUCCCCACAGCCAUCACCUUACAACUCCCCCAAACCACAACACAAAGUCACACAGAGCUUCCUGCCGCCCGGCUGGGAAAUGAGGAUAGCGCCCAACGGCCGGCCCUUCUUCAUUGACCAUAACACAAAGACUACAACAUGGGAAGACCCACGCCUGAAAUUUCCAGUGCAUAUGCGGUCAAAGGCAUCUUUAAACCCCAAUGACCUUGGCCCGCUUCCUCCUGGUUGGGAAGAAAGAAUUCACUUGGAUGGCCGAACGUUUUACAUUGAUCAUAGCAGCCAGGUGUUAUGUGGCGAGGAUGAUACCAGAGACUCAGUGCCCUCGUACGAUAGCAAAAUUACUCAGUGGGAAGACCCAAGACUGCAGAAUCCAGCUAUUACUGGUCCGGCUGUUCCUUACUCCAGAGAAUUUAAGCAGAAAUAUGACUACUUUAGGAAGAAAUUAAAGAAACCUGCUGAUAUUCCAAAUAGGUUUGAAAUGAAACUUCACAGAAAUAACAUAUUUGAAGAGUCCUAUCGGAGAAUCAUGUCUGUGAAAAGACCAGAUGUCCUGAAAGCUAGGCUGUGGAUUGAAUUUGAAUCAGAAAAAGGUCUGGACUACGGGGGCGUGGCCAGAGAAUGGUUCUUCUUACUGUCCAAAGAGAUGUUCAACCCCUAUUACGGUCUGUUCGAGUACUCUGCAACGGACAACUACACGCUUCAGAUCAAUCCCAAUUCAGGCCUCUGUAAUGAAGAUCAUUUGUCCUAUUUCACUUUUAUUGGAAGAGUUGCUGGUCUGGCAGUAUUUCAUGGGAAACUUUUAGAUGGUUUCUUCAUUCGACCGUUUUACAAAAUGAUGCUGGGAAAGCAGAUAACUCUGAAUGACAUGGAAUCUGUGGAUAGUGAAUACUACAACUCUUUGAAAUGGAUCUUAGAAAAUGAUCCGACUGAACUGGACCUUAUGUUUUGCAUUGAUGAAGAAAACUUUGGGCAGACAUAUCAAGUGGAUCUGAAGCCCAAUGGGUCAGAAAUAAUGGUAACAAAUGAAAACAAAAGGGAAUACAUUGACCUAGUCAUCCAGUGGAGAUUUGUGAACAGGGUCCAAAAGCAAAUGAACGCCUUCUUGGAGGGAUUCACGGAACUGCUUCCUAUUGAUUUGAUUAAAAUUUUUGAUGAAAAUGAACUGGAGUUGCUGAUGUGCGGCCUUGGUGACGUGGAUGUGAACGACUGGCGACAGCAUUCUAUUUACAAGAACGGCUACUGCCCGAACCACCCUGUGAUUCAGUGGUUCUGGAAGGCUGUGCUGCUGAUGGACGCUGAAAAGCGUAUCCGGUUACUCCAGUUUGUCACAGGGACGUCCCGAGUCCCUAUGAAUGGAUUUGCCGAACUUUACGGUUCCAAUGGUCCUCAGCUGUUUACAAUAGAGCAAUGGGGAAGUCCUGAAAAACUGCCCAGAGCUCACACAUGCUUUAAUCGCCUUGACUUACCUCCAUAUGAAACCUUUGAAGAUUUACGAGAGAAGCUUCUCAUGGCUGUGGAAAAUGCCCAAGGAUUCGAGGGGGUGGAUUAAGCGCCCCCUGCCUCGGGAGGGUUGUUCUUCAUGCAAGUCUUGCUUGCACUUUUGCAUUCGCCUAACAGACUCUGCAGAGACGCUGGCAGAGAGCAGCGCACGGCGCGGGCUCCUGGAGCAGAGCCUUCGCCCGCGACUUGCCCACGCGCCAACAUGGGAACCCAGUCCCGGGUCGCGUUCCUGCGUUUUCCACCACAAAUUACCAACUGGUUGAUGUGUAUACUAAUUACAUUUUAGGAGGACUUAUUCUAUUUAUGUUGUGCCUCUGUAGGCCAAGCCCUUAAUAAAUAUUUUACAUACUUUAUAAUGACAGCGAAUGGAAUUAAUCACUCUACAGGUAUAGUAUUACAACUCAUGUUUACUUUUUAAAAUGAUUUAGACCGAUUUGCAGAUUUUAUUUCACUACAAUUAAAGAUGUCUCAUGUACUUGGAAAAGUGAGCAUAUUAUUUUUUUUGUAUUUGAAUUUCACGCCAGGUUUAAUGUCGGUGACAUUUUUAUUUUUAAAGUACUUGGACAGCCCCACGCCCUACCUGAUUAGCAUUGGAAGAAUGACUUUUGUCCAAAAGCCUUCUACAGACAAAUACUUGGAGAGAAUUUAAACCAUAACAUUAGGCAUCAUGACGAUUUUUUCCAUGCUCAGAAUGAAAACAAACUGGAUAAUUACUUUUUUUGUACAAAUUUAGCAUAAUAGCUGCAGGCUGAGAGAAUUGUAAUAUAGCAUGACAAAAUUUGUGUUGACUUGAAGGAAUCACACCAUUAUUCCUUAGAAGUAAUUACGUGUGCUAGAACACAUUUGAGGCAGGGUUGGACUAUCAUUUCUCGUAAGAGAAGUUACUUAACCCUUCCUGCUGCUGUACAGUCCUUCUUCUGUCAUAUCUUCCUCUUUGCUGUUCUCAGUAGAGACACUUGAAUGAAACUUGGCACUGCGCGAUUUGAAAAUGUGGGAACCAGGCCUGUGCAGUCUCCUGUUUGUACACGUUUGCUGACGGUAGCUAAAUAACCAACUUUUGUUCUAACCGCGCCAAUUCUGAAGGCACUUUAUGUACGACAUGGAGGUCAUAUCUGGUUUCUGGGUUUUUUUUUUGUCAUGAGCAUUGACUGUGAUGCUGAUUUCUUCCCUCUGCACACACCUUUCCGGUGCAAUAUCUAUCAAUUGUGAAUCUGGCUGCUGGUGUAUAAAACCUGGCUGUAAAGCUGAGCCUACAGACCUGUCCUCACCAAUCGUUUUGUGAUUUCUAUGCCACUGCAAAGAUUAAUAGACAGCUAACCUAACCGGGUUUUGUCCCCAGUGACAUGUUGCAUGCUUCCAUACCGUGUACUGCCCAAGUUGUGUCCGCUGUGUGCUGGAUUAAAAGUGCGAGAGAAGACUUGAUUUGAUCCCCUGACGUCCGGCUCUUCAGCUGGUCCUGGCGGGGAUGGAGGGUUCUGUGGGAUUCGAUUCUUGGCCGCUUGUGAGUCCUUGCUGCAGAAUUCUGUCAUGUUUUGAGAGAACGCCUGAGGCAGGGCGGGAGUCCAGCAAUCCUGCUGUCCUUCUUAACCUGUGUUGUCCUAGACCCGUGGUGGCAGUCAGGAGACACUAGCCAUCUCACCUCCUGCCAGUUGUGGAUAAGACAAUGAAAUCGUGGUUUCAGGGCCUCCGUUUAGGAUCUUUUGGCAUUAGAAACUCAAUGUACCCCGGCUCUGGGCGGCUUGUGGGAAGCCACGAAUGUCUGUGCUUGUAAAGGAGUUUUCUGAAGGGGUGCAGAGGCCUAGGUGUCUAAAAGAAGGUGGAUUUCUACAGAGCUGAGGAUUGUUCCCUUUUCAUAUUGAUUUUUUAAAAAUCCAGUAGUGAUCAGAAAACCUAGAUAUUGAGUAAUUAGAAAAAACAAUAUUGUUCAUUAUUUUUACCUAUUGGUGGGAUUUUUUUCCCAUCACUCAAUGUAACAGAUGUCUCAGUGGCAAACCUCCCCCUUCUUGUAGCCCCUCAAGUCCAGACUCGGCUUUCUUUUUAUGACUUAUGCCAAAGCCUGGGAGAGCAGUAUGCUUGGAUGGGUUCUGAGAGUGAGUGUGUAAUUAUAGGGGGAGAAAUCCAACGAUUCUUGUCUAAGAACUGGGAUUCUUCUGUCUUUUUGUAAACUGUAUAUUCCAAAAAAUCAGAAUAUUCACUAAAUGCAAAUUAGGCAAAGUAUUGAAAAUAAGAAAGAAAACCCAUCCUGAGAUAAUUUCUGUGCCAAGAACAGAUAAGAAUUACCGAAAUAGACCCCCAUGAAUACUUGAAAGGCAGUAACUGUGAAUGACAGUUCAGUUCAUCUAUCCCUUAAUAUCUGAUUUCAGUGACAGCUCAAAAGUGCUGGGUCUAGAGUUUGUUUGGGGGUUUUGGUUUUCUUUUUUUUAAUCCAAAUAACGUUCCCUAGUUCUCAUCAAUUCUCAGUGUCUCACUCUUUGUCUAAAAUAGUCACCUGUCUUGUUUUCUCUCAAUCCUGAUGACCACUUUCCAUCACCUUCACGACGUAAUCACAGAAGGCAGUAAGGAGAAUGCACUGCAUGUGGAGUAGGCUGCCGGGCGGUCCCUUGGGCCUCUGCUCCGGUCAGCAGGCCUGGGAGAGGACAGCAGGACGGCGGUGUCACCUCAUCUAGUUGUCCUUAGCAGUGACGCUACUCCACAGUCCAGGGUCUCUUAGAGCCUCUGUUUUCUUAGAAAUUAACCUGAAUCUAGCUUCUUCAGUUCCCUGAAAAAGAGUUGUUAUGGGCCAUUUUGCCUUGAGGUUACUUGAGAAGUAAGUGCCAGAGUUUACAUAUUGCAUGUUGAAUGUCUUUUAAACAUCAGUUAUCACAGCCACCUGUAAAAGUCCUGGGUAUUUCUAUUUCUGACUCUUGUCAGCCUAAAGAUGAAUUUGGAAAGUCCACCCCGUGGGAUUAGCUUCAGAUAGUGUGCUGCUUUUCUACCUGCUGCCUCUGGAACAGGAAACAAUGAGGCAUUUGUCUCAGUGCUCUUUCUUUUUUCCUGAAAUACUUGCCAUUAUUUACCAAAGGCCCAUUGGUAGCUAACAUCAAAUACUCCCUAAGGUCAGAUGACAGAUGCUUAAAGCAACCUGACAUGGAUUAUUCCUCCCACAUAAGGAUGCAGUGACAGAUUCUGAGAGAAAUGGUUUGCAAAAUAUUUGAACCACUUCCUACAUCUCACAUUGUUAAAUAGAACAAUUAGAUUUGCUGCAUAUGAACUUUGCUUUUCAAGAGAGCCAAUUUGGAACUGGCAAGAUCACGCAGCAGUGGUACAUGUUGUCUAACAGUUACUAAUUGUUCCACACGUGACUCAAGUAUUUUCCUAGGUCUUGUAUCUCACCUCUGAAAUUACAGAAUCUAUGAAGAGAGUCUGGGUUAAUCAAUUCUCAAGCCCCUACCCAGGCCCUGUGCUAGCGCUCCUCUUUGUUUGCUCUUUCCUCCUCACCCUGACUCUGCACCCCUGUACUGACUCUGGUGUCAUUUUCUGCCUUGCCAGUAGGGGGCACUGCUGUGCAGGGUAAUUGCCUGGCCUGCUCCCUUCCUGACCCCCAGGAGGUCCCGCACUACCUCCAUCUUAUUCAGACUUCAGGGUACAUCUUGAUAAGUCAAGUCGAAACUGCCAAUUUUAGGGCUGAGAUGUGUUUUUUUAAAAAUCCUUAUAGACUCCACUUUGUACUUUAGAUUUUAAAACUGGGAAGAAAAUGUGACAUACUUUGGACCACUUUUUUUAAUUUAUCGAAGCCUUAAUGAACAGUGUAUAUACAUUUGCCUACACACACCCCCCGACCCCAGAGUGUUUUCAGUGCGUCGGAGACAAAGCUGUAGCAUUAGAACGUGAGCUGGUAUGUUUCAUAGGAAAGGAGAGCUUUCUGUUGGUAUGGAAUUUUCCACGAAAACCUCUCAUUAGAUCGCUCCCCUUCAUCAAAGGUGUUAGGUGCAGAGCAACGCAUGUUUAAGAUGCAUGUCUUUUUGUUGGUUGGUUUUGUGUUUGUAUGAGUAACGAUAGAAUAUAUCAAAAUUGGCGACAGACCUCUGUGUACUACCUUCUCAACCUGUAUCAGUGCAUUGUAAGCCUUCUCAUGACCAUGACCCUGUGUCCACAGACAUCUGUGCUCCUAUAUAAACCAGUUUGCCCCUCUUUCUCAGACUAAUUUCACCUAGAUUGUCACAGUUUCCUUCAUGUUAACUUUGCAUAUCUUUGUGCUUCCUUCACUACUAUGUAUGUAAUAUAUAUACGUACAUAUGCUGUCCAAAUAUAUCUUUACAUGUUUAUAUAUCAUUUUUACACCUACCUUGAGGAAUCUGGUUUCGAAAGGGAGUGAGAGUUUAGUCCCUUCUACAGUUUUCUCCAAGCUGUGUCCUGAGAAUUCUGACCCUCAGAGCCUGAGAGCACCCCAGGAAGAUGAUGAUAUAAUAUGCCGUCAUCUCUUAACUCAAACAAAACAUGAAGAAACAGUGACUUUUAAGGUGAAAAAAAGUUUCAAGCAUUCCAAAUGAAUUCUAAAUGUUUCAUAACUUUUUGUUAUAAACCCACCUCCUGAUAUAAAGCCAAGUACCAUUUGAUACAGUGAUUAAAAACCAAACAACUUGGAAAUUUUUUAAAAGACAACGUAUGGAUAAAUGCUCAUUUUCACAAUCAGAAUAGCUGUAAAAUACGGUUGAAUUUGAUACAGACAGAAAACGUUUAGUUGAAGGACAAAUCCUUUUUGCUUUUCGUUUUUCUUGAGAGAUCUAAAGAGAAAUUGUGGAUUGUUUUCCUGACAGCAAAAGAGUAAUGUGACAAAAUGAAGUCAUUGUAAAGAAGUGAUGCAACUUGUCAAAUAUUUAAUAAAGAAUUAUGGAAGCUGGAACUUUUUCUACA